AUGCCUAGCAGUUAAGCCUCUGGAGGAUCUAAAAAGUCCAAUGCCGACGAAACGCUCUUUGGUUCUCGUAAGACUAAUAAGAAUAACACCAAAGCCCAAGAAGAAGUUGUUGAUAAAGCUAGAAAAGGUGAUUUUACUCAUCCUGAAGUGGUUUUAAUUGGUGAAAGUGAACUUCAAAGAAUGAAAAAUAAUGCAAUUAUUACUACCAAAGAAGAAACAUUGCAUCAAAAGAAAAUCUUAGAAGAGUAAAAGGAAAAGCAAAUGGCUGUCUCAAAGGCCAAAAAGCAAAAAAUGCUUCAAAUGGAAGAAGAGAAGAAAAAACAAGUGCCUUUAUCUGAUUUUCAAUUAGAAGAAAAGGUAGUUAAGGACUCUCUUCUUAACAGAGCUUAAGAAAUUAUGAACGAGCAAAUGGAUGAUGUAAAAGAAAUGAAUAAGAUGGUUAUGUAUGCAAAAUGUGUUACUAUUCGUGAUAAGCAAUUAACAGAAAAAAAGGAUAUUCGUGAUGAAAAAAAGCUUGAAGAAAAGAGAAAGGAUCUUAUGAUGGAAAUCGAAAGACUUAAAAAAAUUAAAUACUAUGAAGAAUAAGAAAAAAAGAAAAAAGAAGAGUAAAAAGAAGGUCACUUAAAGAUUAUUGAUUAAAUUAAAGAAAAUGAAUUGGUUAGACUCAGAGCUAAAGAAGAACAAGAAAGGGAAGGUUAAGUUAUGAUUAAAGCCAUUAAAGAGUUGGAAGUAGAAGAACAACACAAGGCUCUCAAAAAGAAGUCUGACCAAAAGAAGCUUCUUGAUGAAAUUUUUGAAGCAAAUCAAAACGCCAUUCUUGUAAAAUAAAAAAGAGUUCAAGAGGAAAAAGUAGAAGAAGAAAAAAUUGUUAAAUACAAUUUAGAAAAGGCCUAAAAGGAAGCUGAAUACAUUGCUGAAUAAAAACGUAUUAAGGACGAAAAGGAAAAAGAACUCCAAAGACUUAGAGAAAUGCAAGAAAAAGCCAAUGAUAGAUAAGCUGAAUUAGACUUUUUGAGAGCUAAAAGAGCCAUGGAAUAAAACGAAAGAAAUGCUAGAGAUAAGGAAAGAAGAGAAGCUGAAUUAAGAUAAAAAAUUAAUUAAGAACUCCUUGAAGCAAGAAGAUAGUAGUAAUAUGAAAAAGAAUAAAGACUCUAAGAAUAAGCUAAAAACGAUAGAGAUGAAUUUUAGAGAAUUAUCCAAGCACAAAAGUAAGAGAGAGAAAUCGAAAUCAAGCUUUAGAUUGAAAGAGAAUAACAAAUUAAAAAACAUGCUGACGAACUUAGAAAGUAGAUAGCAUUGAACGAAGAAAAGAUCAAAUAAGACUAAAGAAAUAGAUUAGAAGAAGGUAAAAAGAUAAGAGAUCAACUCUAGCAAUAGAAGAAAAUGCUUGAAAGCAUCAAGUCUCAAAAACUUGAAUAAUUAUAAAAGAUGAAUAUUCCUCAAAAAUAUACUUCAGAACUUGAACGUAAAAAAAUAAAUAUCUGA